AUGAAAGGAGGAAGCAUAGAGAAAGAAAACAGUUUAGUAUGGUUGGUGAAGGCUCCUUUCCGUUUCUUAAUCAUGGCACGUGACGCCUACAUGCGCAGCAUUACGGCAUGCUCUGGUACCGGAAUCCUUACUGGCGGUGGAUCUUCUGGUUUUGGUCAGCUUUCCGGGAACUUCCAAAUCUGCGAUCCACCUAGCACCGCUCUUCCUAGAAGCUUUACCUUGUCGUCUGCGGUACGUGAUCAAGUCUGUCGGACAGGUUGUGGACAGCUUACGACGGCGGCGAGACAAACGUUGCCGUUAGAUCGUCGGAGGAAUUAUAGAUGUGUGACCGUGAUGGGAAGAAUCGAGGAAGAGGUUUCUUGUGAUGAUGAGUCUGAGGAAGAUCAUUGA